UCCCUUCAGCCAUAUUAUUUGAAGAUUUGCUGCUUUUUUCCAUUUUAAUCUCUGCAGAUUUGAUAUCUUUUGGUCUUCGACACAAGAAGAAAACUGUCAGACAAAACAAGAUGUCACCCUCUGUUCUUGAGGAACUUGAUGGGCAAUUAUAUUUUUUGCUUUUCAUGGGUUAACAUUGAGCAAAUCUGUUGCAGAUUGCACAUUGUUGCAGUAUACUCCCUUCUUCUAUAUUAAGAAAAGUACAAUGUUUCAAGGCCAGUCUGGCUCUUCAGCAUAAACAGAUUCAAACAGACUCUGUGCGUCUGCUGGGCUGCUCAAGGUGAUCCCGAGGUUUCUCCAAGGACUAAAUAAGUGUUUAGUGAAGAGGGAAGUUCACUUGUUCCAAUGACAGCCCACCUCGGCUUCCCUACCCGCUGCGUGCCCGCGUUAUCACGGCCUUAUAAAUACUGAACAAGAGAUAACACAUACAUCACACUCUGGAGCGACAUCCAGGGAGUGAGUUUUAGCUUUUUACUGUGAAGGAGAAUGAGACAGGGGACAAGACAUAGAGCACACACCUGAGAGGGCCUCAAAAUCUCUGAGGAGGGACAGGAGAGAGGAUAAAACAAAUACUACUGUUUGUAUCUUCACUGAGGGAAAGAGGAGGAGAAGUAAAAAGCAGAGUUGAGUAGAGGAGAGAAAAGGUUUGCUGUGGAUCCUGGUCAGCGCAGAGCUUCAUCAUGGCCACCCUCAAGGAGAAGAGGACCUGUGGGCAGCGAUGUGAAGACUUUGGCCGUUUUGUCUGGAACUCUGACAACGGGACGUUUAUGGGCAGAACACCAGAGAAAUGGGUGUACAUCAGUCUGUAUUAUGUGGCCUUCUACGUGGUGAUGACAGCCCUCUUUUCUUUGGCAAUCUAUGUGCUCAUGUACACACUGAAUCCGUACGCGCCUGACUACCAAGACCGGUUAAAAUCUCCAGGGGUGAUGGUGUGGCCUGACACCUACGGAGAGGAGGUUAUUGAAAUCACCUACAACACAUCAAACAAGGCCAGCUGGAUGAAGAUGUCCAACAUCCUUCACAAGUUCCUAGGACCCUACAACGACACCAAGCAGAGUGAAUGUAACUACUAUAACUGCACCAAGGGAAAGUACUUCAUCCAGAAAACCUUCUCUGCUCCUCACCACACAAAGUGGGCAUGUCCCUUCAAGCAAAGCAUGCUGGGACCCUGCUCAGGACUUGAGGACCCCACGUUUGGCUACAACUGCACCAUGCCUUGUGUUGUCAUUAAGAUGAACAGGAUCAUUGACUUUCUGCCUUCUAACAGCACCAACCUUCCCCCAUACGUCAACUGCACUAUACUGGAGGGACACGACAACGUGGCAAAGAUUGAGUAUUUUCCUGACAAUGGAAUUAUGGAUCUCUCUUACUUCCCUUAUUAUGGAAUACUGGCACAGCCCACUUACGUCAACCCGUUGGUGGCUGUUCGGUUCAGCCUGGUCGGAGAGAGGCAAGCCAAGAUCCAGUGCAGAGUGGUCUCCAAGAAGAUCAGCUACGAAAACUUCCAUGACCCCUACGAGGGAAAAGUCAUCUUCUACCUCAAAGCGUUGAAAUGAGAAACAGAGCAGAAGAUACUCAGAUAUAUCCCAUAAUCAUAUCACCUGUCAGUAACAAAGACAGAGCAGGUGAUCAACAGUGAUUCUGUUUAUUUAACAAACUACUUUUAUUCAACUUCAUUAAACAGUAUAGGCCCACUUAAAUCUCUGUGCUGUGUGGUGCUUUUAUCAACGUGAUUUGUUAAGCUUUGCUGACUCGUGAACUCCUUUGUAUUCUGAUUUUGAGAUUCCGCCCUGAAAUAAACGUGUGUAAGUAACAUGUGAGGAAAAUUUAUGUUGAGCAAUUAUGACUGACAAACUCAACUAGAUUUUGAGGUGAAUUGAAUAGGUUGAAUAGGUGAAUAGGUUAAGAAACAAUAGCAAUGUCUCUCAAUAAAAUAAAUAAAAAACAUUCCAAUUUCAGUUUGGUCUCAUAAAAGUAUUUUACAAAGCUCAAGCUUCAUGAUUUAUUCUUAGUUUGUAGAGAAAAAACAAAACUAUCACUUGUGAAAUAUGAAGCAGUAUACCUGUAAAAAUCUACACGAGUACAGUCUGUGGAGUAUUUAUACCCUCACUAAUAGGAUGAUGAUGAUAAGGUUUCUCAUAUAUCUGCUGACUGCAGCAGUUUGUGGGUUAUCAGCUUACACAGUACAGGUGUUCACAGUAGUAAACACACACACACACACACACACAC